CUGAGUUUUUCGCGGGCUUUUUUUUUUCUUGUUGCUUUGCCAUGAAUUCCGAAUCACUCGCUGAUACCACUUCACCCGCAGUGCAACCAGCAUCUGCACCACAUCUGACGAGCGUCCCCACACUCGCCAUCGUCAACAACCCAAAUGUGACCGACGACGAGUGGAUGCCGCCGAGUGUGCACGACCCGACCGCGUACCCGACGACCGCCGCCGCUCGCCUCCGAUGGGCGCACCGCGUCUCGCCAUUCCGCUUUGCAGUGUACGACGCCAUUCUGCAAGUGCCCAAGGGCCGCAUCACGACGUACGGCCACAUUGCAAAGUACCUCGCGUCCGCACCUCGCGCAGUCGGACAAGCAUUGCGCAACAACCCGUUUGCCCCCUACGUGCCUUGCCAUCGCGUCUUGGAUUCGUCCUUGUUUGUCGGAGGCUUCUCCGGACAAUGGGGACAAGGAAAGCGCAUCUGCUGCAAGAAGGACUUUCUGCAGGCUGAGGGCGUCGAGUUUGACGAGACCGAUCACAUUCCCGCAAAGGAGCAAGCCAAGGUGCUCUGGUUUAACUUUUCCCCAACCGGCAAGGCGUCCGAUCAUCACUCAGCACAAGCAUCAAGUGUAGCUGGCAGUGAGGAUGUCAAAGCAUUAAAGAAGGCCUCGCCGCGCCAAAAGGUCGCCGCCAAAAUCAGCAUUGCCCAAGCGAUUGCAUCCCAAGGGAAGAAGCGCACCCAUCGUGUCCCUCGAUCGGCGAGUUUUGAUAGCGAGUGAUCAAUGCCAGCGAUGUCAAGGGGAAGCAAUCACCACGGUUUGGUAGAGAUGCAAGUUCAGUUGAACGCGAGGAGUUGGACUUUUUUGCUGGAAGCUUGCCACGGAUCGCCCAACUCUGUCAAUGUUGAUAGCUUGUGGGUCUCGCAAUUGCAUCCUUACGCCUUGUUGAAGACCCUGGUCUCCAUGUUGUACAGUACAAAAUUGCAAUCAUUCAUCGAUCA